AUGGAUUAUGUAACCGGGGACUGGCGCUGUCCACGAGUGGAGAAUUUUGAGGAGUUCGCAGAAGAGGAGAAUAAGGGACGGUCCGAACAGGUAGACCAGUGGUCAUCGAUGGCCGGGCGAUUGACGUAUGCCGGCUCACUGGCAAAGCUUGAACAAAUGGUAGUUGGCAGACAUUCUUUCGAUUGGUCACCUGGUCAUGGCCGCUGCGUAGAUACGACGGAAACGGUGUCGCAUUUCACCUAA